GGGGCCCGGAGCUGAGCGCGCGUGCGCGGAGGCCUCCAGGACCCAUCCCACAGGCACAGGCCAUGGGCGCUUGGGGGCCGCCCCGCGCCCGCCCCCUGCUGGGCGUCUGCGCCCUCCUCGCCCUGGCCGCCGCCGCCCUCCUGGGGCACGUCCUGCUCCACCAGUUGGCAGUGGUUCCCCGAGGGCUGUGUGGCUGCUCCCAGGUGCCCGAGGAGACGCCCCGAGCUUGCCAGCAGGGAGCCCACAGCCCGAGGCCCCAGCCCCGCCCGGGAGCAGCACCCACACAGUGCGACGUGCCCCCCAACAACCGCUUCGACUGCGCCCCGGACAAGGCCAUCACCCAGGAGCAGUGCGAGGCCCGGGGCUGCUGCUACGCGCCCGUGGGGCGGCCCGGGGGCUCCCGGAUGGGGCCGCCCUGGUGCUUCUUCCCGCCCAGCUACCCGAGCUACCGGCUGGGGAACCUGACCGCCACGGACACGGGCUACACCGCCAGCCUGACCCGCGCCGCCCCGACCUUCUUCCCCAAGGACAUCCUCACCCUGCGGCUGGACGUGCUGCUGGAGACGGAGAGCCGGCUGCACUUCACGAUCAGAGAUCCCGCCAGCAGGCGCUACGAGGUGCCCUUGCAGACCCCGCGUGUCCGCGGCCGGGCGCCGUCCACGCUCUACAACGUGGAGUUCUCCGAGGAGCCCUUUGGGGUGGUUGUGCGGCGGCGGCGGGACGGCCGGGUGCUGCUGGACACGGCCGUGGCGCCCCUGUUCUUUGCCGACCAGUUCCUGCAGCUGUCCACCUCGCUGCCGUCCCAGCACGUCACCGGCCUCGCCGAGCACCUGGGGCCCCUCCUGCUCAACACCAACUGGACCAAGGUCACCCUCUGGAACCGGGACAUCGCGCCCGUGCCCGACGUGAACCUGUACGGGUCGCACCCUUUCUACCUGGCGCUGGAGGACGGCGGGCUGGCCCACGGGGUCUUCCUGCUGAACAGCAACGCCAUGGACGUGGUCCUGCAGCCCAGCCCGGCCCUCAGCUGGAGGUCGACAGGCGGGAUCCUGGACGUGUACGUCUUCCUGGGCCCGGAGCCCAAGAGCGUGGUGCAGCAGUACCUGGAGGUCAUAGGCCGCCCCUUCAUGCCGCCGUACUGGGCCCUGGGCUUCCACCUCUGCCGCUGGGGCUACCCGUCCACCGCCGUCACCCGCCAGGUGGUGGAGAACAUGACCCGGGCCCACUUCCCCCUGGACGUCCAGUGGAACGACCUGGACUACAUGGACGCCCGGAGGGACUUCACGUUCAACAAGGACGGCUUCGGGGACUUCCCGGCCAUGGUGCGCGAGCUGCACCAGGGCGGCCGGCGCUACGUCAUGAUCGUGGAUCCCGCCAUCAGCAGCUCCGGCCCCGCGGGGAGCUACCGGCCCUACGACGAGGGGCUGCGGCGGGGGGUUUUCAUCACCAAUGAGACCGGGCAGCCCCUGAUCGGGAAGGUGUGGCCAGGGCCCAGCGCCUUCCCCGACUUCACCAACCCCGAGGCCCUGGACUGGUGGCAGGACAUGGUGGCUGAGUUCCACGCCCAGGUGCCCUUCGACGGCAUGUGGAUUGACAUGAACGAGCCGUCCAGCUUCGUGAAGGGCUCCGUGGACGGCUGCCCCGACGACGACCUGGAGAGCCCGCCCUACGUGCCAGGGGUGGUGGGCGGGUCCCUCCGGGCAGCCACCAUCUGUGCCUCCAGCCGCCAGUUUCUCUCCACGCACUACAACCUGCACAACCUGUACGGCCUGACCGAGGCCUGGGCCUCCCACAGGGCCCUGGUGAAGGUUCGGGGGACACGCCCCUUCGUCAUCUCCCGCUCCACCUUCGCCGGCCACGGCCAGUACGCCGGCCACUGGACAGGGGACGUGAGGAGCAGCUGGGAGCAGCUGUCCUCGUCGGUGCCGGAAACCCUGCUCUUCAACCUGCUGGGGGUGCCCCUGGUGGGGGCGGACGUCUGCGGCUUCCUGGGCGACACGUCGGAGGAGCUGUGCGUGCGCUGGACCCAGCUGGGCGCCUUCUACCCCUUCAUGCGGAACCACAACGACCUGCACAGCCUGCCGCAGGAGCCGUACCGGUUCAGCGAGACGGCGCAGCAGGCCAUGCGGAAGGCUCUGGGCCUGCGCUACGCGCUGCUGCCCCACCUCUACACGCUCUUCCAUGGCGCCCACGCCCGCGGCGACACCGUGGCCCGGCCCCUCUUCCUGGAGUUCCCCGAGGACCCCCGCACCUGGCCGGUGGACCGCCAGCUCCUGUGGGGAGAGGCCUUGCUCAUCACGCCGGUGCUCGAGGCUGGGCACGUGGAAGUGACUGGCUACUUCCCCGCCGGCACGUGGUACGACCUGCAGACGGUGCCAGUCGAGGCCCUUGGCAGCCUCCCGCCUCCACCGCCGGCACCCCUCAAGCCUGCCAUCCACAGCGAGGGCCAGUGGGUGACGCUGCCCGCCCCCCUAGACACCAUCAACCUCCACCUCCGGGCUGGACACAUCGUCCCCCUGCAGGGCCCUGGCCUCACGACCACCGAGUCCCGCAAGCAGCCCAUGGCGCUGGCCGUGGCCCUGACCUCGAGCGGGGAGGCCCGCGGGGAGCUCUUCUGGGAUGACGGGGAGAGCCUGGGGGUGCUGGAGCGCGGGGCCUACACACAGCUCGUCUUCCUGGCCAGGAAUAACACCGUCGUGAACGACCUGGUGCACGUGAGCGGCGAGGGGGCCGCCCUGCAGCUGAGGAGGGUGACCGUCCUGGGGGUGGCCUCCGCCCCCCAGCAGGUCCUGGCCAAUGGGGUUCCUGUCUCCAACUUCACCUACAGCCCCGACACCCAGACCCUGGACCUCCCCGUCUCGCUGACGAUGGGACAGCAGUUUCUCAUCAGCUGGUCCUGACUGGGGCCAAGGGCGCGUCAGGCCUCGAGUUCCCAGCGGCCCUGGCGUUCACCCAGGUGGCUGGGCGCUGACCUCCCUCCAACACCCAGAUCUGCUCACCUGUCUACCUCCUGUGCUGGGCCCUGGCCAGUGGCACCUGCAUCCCCGUUUCCUGGCCCAGCUCCCACGUCUGCCAGUGUCCUGGCGUUGCCUGGGUUCGGAGCGUUUCACUGGAGCCUUGCUCUCCGUAGCCCGUCACUGGGAUGCGUGGAACGUCGGCCACCCCCAGCUGCCUGCCCCGGCGGCAGGGAAAGUGGCGCGUGGGGGCCCCAUGGUACCUGUGCCCCGAGUUACGCCCUGACAGGCCGGAGCUGGGGGGCCGCCUGCUGGGACCUCGGGAGACUGACUGGGAAAGCUUUCGUUUUAAGUGCAAUUAUUUGUUUGUAAUAAAGCGGCAUCCGGGCAA